UUUGUUCUGCGCUAUACAGACAUCCAGCUCUCAAAGUUGAGCAAUGCCGCCACAGCCCACAGCGCUGAUCUUGCGACCGAGUGUGCACACAAAGCUACUGUUGGAACGAUGACAAUCCCCUCUCGAUCCUGGAAUGGCUGCGUUCGUUGCAGGAAGCGACGCCAGAAGUGUGGGGAGCAGAAGCCGCAAUGCGUUCGAUGUGAGAAGGACCAAGUGGAUUGCUCCUACCAGAAACCCCUGAGAUUUGGAGGACGGCCUUUUGCUCAAUCGCGAUUCGGGGCCUGUCUUUCAAAGAAUACUGGAGGAGCCCGAAAAGCCGCAACCAUUGAUGGAGGAUUUGUGUACACUUCGGCCUCAAUCGCCAAGGUAGUCCCAUCAGAGACCUCGCCAUGCAAGCUGGAUCCCGCGGCAGGGACAGAACCAUUAGAGGCCGAGCAAGUGAUUGAGGACGAGACUUCCUUGGAUUUGAUCCAAGUGAGUAAACGACUACCCGAUCCGAUAUCCAGCCACGUCGACAUACUGUCAUUCAUUCCUGGGAACAACCGCGCCCUCCUUCAGUACUUCACUUGCAAUGCUUCCAUGGCUCUGGCUACACACGCCUUUGUCCAUCAGGAGGUUUGUGAAUUGAUAUUACCAAUGGCCCUUGGGAAUCCCGCCCUCCUCCACGCCACCCUGGCCCUGGCGGCUAUCCAUCGGAAUUCAUUGACGUCCAUGGCUGAAAAUGAGAUGGAUGAUGGCGCCCAAAGACUUGUCACCCACCUCACGGCCACUAGCAUUCGCCAUUUGCGUCGAGACCUCCAAGAUCCAAGAUCCAGCCCACUGGCAGCUAAAGUGGCCACGACUCGAACCCUGUUCCUCUGUGAGGCCAUUUCUGGAUCUCACUCCCUUCGGGCCUGGAGAGCUCAUUUCCUGGGAGCACGAGCCUUACUGUCUUCCCACGCAGGAUCAUCGCAGGGGUUUGAGCAGGAUCCAUCACUUCUUUUCCUGCAGCGGUGGUAUAACAUCACCGAAGCGCUCGUUGCUAUCACAACUGACGGGCUAUCAGCGGGCCAAAUCGCUUGUGGUGGACCACGAUACCUCAUUGGCGAGGCUGAAGAGGCUGAUGUUUGUAUCGAUAUGUAUACGGGCUGUGCGGAAGACAUUUCAGUAGUGUUCCGAGAGAUCGGAGCUGUGGCUUGGGAGAGACGACGUGCAGCUGAUGACCCUGGCCGACAUCCCAGGCUUUCGGAACAGGAUUUCCUGCGUGAAGCCGAUCUCUUGGAGAUGUCGGUCCGAAGGAUGAUUGAGCGUGACAAGGCUCGGUCAACCGUGUUCAACAUUCCCGGCGGUCGCGAUCUAUCUGUGGAGGAGUCCAAGGAGUUCUUGCUUUGUAACGAAGCUUACCAACACACUGCGCUCAUUCACAUUCAUCGACGGGUUCGGCGACUUCCACCCAAUGCUGCAGCCGUGCAAGCGUCCGUCCAGAGGAUUAUCGAAUGUGUCGAAAGUAUUAGACCUGCUGCGACCUUGUCACCGCUAACUUUGCUGACAACCCCUCUCUUCACUGCGGGUUGCGAAGCGGCAGGUCCCGAACGUUGCAAGAUCGCGCAGCUCUUGACCAACAUGUUCACUCUUUUACGUCUACCAAACAUGAAGCGUGCGUUACAAGUGCUCGAAGCCUUUUGGCGUGUAUCGGAAGUUUCCGGUAUUGAUUGGGAGGAUUUCUCGCGUCAACGGAACUGGGAUUUCUUGCCAUAUUGAGCUGAGCAGCUCUGCCGUCCAGUGCGAUAAAUGCGCCGUCAGCUACCUAGCCGAGUCAGCGCCGAAUGCGUCCUGAGCGGCAACGACGAAGUCCCUCUUUUCUUCUCUGUCCUUCAACGGAGAUGCCCUGUUAAGACCGCAGCUGGUGGACUCAUUUUUCUUGCUGAACGCUACUUUCGACGCUUCGUAUGUCUGGCAACUCAUCGGACGAGAGCACUAUGGGUUUUACCCACCUGUUACCCCAUCGGUGGAGUACAAAAUAAGUAAGUGGCAGCAAAACGGCGCAGACGAUUGCCUGGGUGCCGAAGCACCAUCCAUAUCCUGGGCGUCAAAGUCAGCCUCAAUCCUCCAAGUCGGGGAUCAACGUGUUGCUUACCAACUGCGGCGGUCCAGUCGUAAAUAUACCAGGGAACGAUAAACGCGGACAUCUUUUUGGGGUCAGUCUCGACGGUCAUGGUACUGAGGCUGAUGUCCACUCACAUUUAUGAUGACGGAAUAAAAUGUUAUGACCUCAAUGGCGUGCUCCGGGUAGCAGUCAACGAUAUAUGUCGACAAGGUCGUGUUGCCCGCUUGAAGGCCGACCGCAAACAGGAACAGAGCCACUUGACCGACCAUCCAGUGCCAUCCUUUCUGGACCGAAGCUCCCCAGACCGCAAGGCCAAUGGCGGAGAGCAGGGCGCCGGGAUAGCCGAGCCACAGCCUCAUUUCUGGUGUUCGC